AUGGCGAUAAAACAUUUUCAAAUCGAACUGGAUAAAUCCUCGCACACGUACUAUGCUGGUGAAACCAUGAAUGGAGUGGUGACGUUAGUCUUGGAUGCGCCGAAAAAAAUCAGAGGCGUAUCCCUCCAGUUCAAAGGUGUUGCAGAAGUGAAAUGGACUGAGCGGCGAGGUGCCGGUAAGAAUCGUCGGGUGAUUCACUUUCACGGUCGGACAGACUAUAUGAACCACACCACAUAUAUUACCGGUUCUAGCGACGGAGAAAGUUUCCAUUUACCAGCCGGAACGCAUAUCUAUAAUUUUUCCUGUGCCCUUCCUGCCAACUUGGCAACAUCAGUAGAAGCCAAACGUGGCUACAUUCGCUACACCAUAAAGGUAACGCUUAACCGUGCAUGGAUGUUGGAUAAGUCCUACAAAAUGGGAUUCACAGUCCUGCAACUGUUAGAUUUGAAUGUCCUAAGUAACGUACGACUUCCCAUCAAAAUGGAUGUAACCAAAACAUUUUGUUGCUGGCCGUGCAGGACGGGUCCAUUGCAUAUGUCAGCACAAUUACCAAUAUCCGGGUAUGUACCGGGACAAACCAUUGUCGUAAUGGUUACCGUUGAUAAUCGGAGUGAGCGGAUUCUUGGUAAAAUUGUAACGAGAUUAGUGCAACAUACAACAUACGUUAGCAAAACACCACACCAAGAAACGAUAAAGGAGUCGUCAGAAAUAGUACAAGCAGAAAGUGCAGCAAGUAAUGAAACUGAAAAGUCAUGCUAUGAACAUCACCUGUUCAUACCGCCUUUAACACCGACUAACAUAAGCUGUGAAGUGUUGCAAAUAACGUACCGAGUUGAAAUUAAGACCACUAACAGCUUCGGUUGGAGCCCAACUGUUAAGAUCCCCAUUACUUUGGGUACGAUUCCUCUAGUAAGUAGUGCAAUCCCCAGGUUUGAGGAAGUAACACUUCCUGCUGACCAACAAUGCAAGCCUGGCGCUUCCGGGGAGGAUCCUGAAUGCAACACGAACUAUCCCAUUGAAUUACCCCCGCCCACCUAUGAAGAAGUCAUGAAUGCCCAUCGCGUCAACAUUCAGGACGAAGACGAAAAGAAUGAAAUUGGCUGUGAAGAUUUUUCUCCUCGCUAUCUGAUUUAUCGUUUUCCUCCGGUCCCCUGUGCGCCACCAGCAGAAUCAGAAGUGAGCCGAAAGCAGUCUGCGUAG